AUGAGCGACAGCGGAGAGCAGAAUUACGGUGAGCGGGAAUCCCGUUCUGCUUCCAGAAGUGGAAGUGCUCACGGAUCUGGGAAAUCUGCAAGGCAUACGCCUGCAAGGUCUCGCUCCAAGGAAGAUUCCAGGCGUUCCAGAUCAAAGUCCAGGUCCAGAUCUGAAUCUAGGUCUAGAUCCAGAAGAAGCUCACGAAGGCAGUAUACUAGAUCAAGAUCCCGGUCCCGCUCUCAUAGACGAUCCCGCAGCAGGUUUUACAGUUGAGAUUAUCGAAGACGGCAUAGCCACAGUAAUUCUCCCAUGUCUACUCACAGGCGUCAUGUUGGGAAUCGGGAAAAUCCUGAUCCCAACUGUUGUCUUGGAGUGUUUGGAUUGAGCUUGUACACUACAGAAAGAGAUCUAAGAGAAGAGUUCUCUAAAUAUGGCCCCAUUGCAGAUGUGUCUAUUGUAUAUGACCAGCAAUCUAGGCGAUCAAGAGGAUUUGCCUUUGUAUAUUUUGAAAAUGUAGAUGAUGCCAAGGAAGCGAAGGAACGUGCCAAUGGAAUGGAGCUUGAUGGACGUAGGAUCAGAGUUGAUUUCUCAAUAACAAAAAGACCAUAUACCCCAACACCAGGAAUUUACAUGGGAAGACCUACCUAUGGCAGCUCACGCCGUGGGGAUUACUAUGACAGAGGAUAUGAUCGGGGCUAUGAUAACCGAGACUACUAUAGCAGAUCAUACAGUGGGUGCUGGAACUUCUCUGGAGACCAGAACUUCCACAAACGCUCUCUCACUCAGGAGCGACUGCCCAAACAGUGUUCCCCAAAUGCUCCCGGACCACAGCCAAGAAGUGCUGUGGAACUAGUUCACGGGCUGUUUCCUAUAGGGUUCACAGCUGGUCCUGAGGUCUGUGUGCCUAUUACCCGACUCACAGGUGGGUGA